AUGGGAUACGACCCUCACGUGCCGCCAAGACAAGAAAUACCUGUCAAGCCAGAGCAAUUUGCACCCACCAUGCCUGCUGCCCCAAUAGAUCCAGCUCACGGCAUCGAUGUGAGAACGAAAUUCCCUGUUGCUCGGAUCAAACGAAUCAUGCAAGCGGACGAAGAUGUUGGUAAAGUUGCUCAAGCAACCCCCACUGCAGUUGCCAAAGCCUUGGAACUGUUUAUGAUUGCUUUGGUGAGCAAGGGUGCAGCAGAAGCCAAGGCCAAUCGAUCAAAACGAGUCACGGCUCAGCACCUCAAGGCUGGAUUGAUGAAAGACGGGACAUAUGAUUUCCUGACUGACAUCUGUGAAAGCAUCCCAGAUGAAGGGUCCAAAAAGGGACGAGCCAAAUCCGAGGCCAAAAGUGAAGACAGUGAAGACGACAUUGCACCCAAGAAGAAAGCCAAGGGAGGAAAGAAACGCAAGGCCGACACUAGUGAUGACAGCGACUGA